AGAAAAAUCAGGCUGGCUUAUCCUCGAGGCGUCCACACUCCUCGCCGCUGAGCCAGCCAGCUGAGCUGACUCCAUGGCCGCCACUGUCGCCCCACCGGCGGCCCCGCCGCCCACCUCCGCCACCAUCCGCUCCCUCACCGCCGCGGGGAACCACGCCGCCGCCCUCCGCGCGCUCUCCUCCCUCUCGGCCUCCUCCGCGCAGCUCGACCACUUCGCGCUCCCGCCGGCCAUCAAGUCCGCUGCCGCGCUCCGGGACGGCCGCGCCGCGCGCGCGCUCCACGCGGCCGCCCUCCGCCGCGCGCUCCUCCACCGCCCCACCCCGGCCGCCGGCAACGCGCUCCUCACCGCCUACGCGCGCUGCGGCGACCUCGACGCGGCCCUCGCGCUCUUCGCCGCCACGCCGACGGAGCUCCGCGACGCCGUCUCCUACAACUCGCUCAUCUCCGCGCUCUGCCUGUUCCGGCAGUGGGAGCGCGCGCUCGACGCCCUCCGGGGCAUGCUCGCCGAGGGCCGCCACGACGUCAGCUCCUUCACCCUCGUCAGCGUGCUGCUCGCCUGCUCCCACCUCGCCGGCGACGACGGCCGCCGCCUCGGCCGCGAGGCCCACGCCUUCGCGCUCAAGCACGGCUUCCUCGACGCGGGCCGCGAGCGCUUCCCCUUCAACGCGCUGCUCUCCAUGUACGCGCGCCUCGGCCUCGUCGACGACGCGCAGACGCUCUUCCGCAACACCGCGGCCGCGUUCUCCCCCGGCGGCGGCGACGUCGUGACGUGGAACACCAUGAUAAGCCUGCUCGUGCAGGGCGGCCGGUGCGGCGAGGCCGUGGAGGUGCUCCACGACAUGGUGGCCCUCGCCGUGCGGCCGGACGGCGUGACGUUCGCGAGCGCGCUCCCGGCGUGCUCGCGGCUGGAGAUGCUCGCCCUCGGCAGGGAGAUCCACGCCGUCGUCCUCAAGGACGGCGACCUCGCCGCCAACUCGUUCGUGGCGAGCGCGCUGGUGGACAUGUACGCCGGCAACGAGCGGGUGGGCAACGCGCGGAGGGUGUUCGACAUGGUGCCGGAGCCCGGGCGGCAGCUGGGCAUGUGGAACGCCAUGAUCUGCGGCUACGCGCAGGCCGGCAUGGACGCGGAGGCGCUCCAGCUCUUCUCGCGGAUGGAGGCGGAGGCCGGGUGCGCGCCCAGCGAGACCACCAUGUCCGGCGUGCUCCCGGCGUGCGCGCGCUCCGAGGGGCUCGCCGGCAAGGAGGCCAUGCACGGGUACGUGGUGAAGCGCGGCAUGGCGGGCAACCGGUUCGUGCAGAACGCGCUCAUGGACAUGUACGCGCGCCUCGGCGAGAUGGACGUGGCGCGCCGGAUCUUCGCCAUGAUCGACCCCCGCGACGUCGUGUCCUGGAACACCCUCAUCACCGGUUGCGUCGUGCAGGGGCACAUCGCCGACGCGUUCCAGCUCGUCGCGGAGAUGCAGCUGUCAUCAUCAUCAUCAAUGGAAGAAGAUGCCAUUGUCAUGCCAAACAACAUCACGCUGAUGACGCUCCUGCCGGGGUGCGCGGCUCUGGCGGCGCCGGCGAGGGGGAAGGAGAUCCACGGGUACGCGGUGCGGCACGCGCUGGAGUCGGACAUCGCCGUGGGCAGCGCGCUGGUGGACAUGUACGCCAAGUGCGGCUGCCUGGCGGCGUCGAGGGCGGUGUUCGACCGGCUGCCGAGGAGGAACGUCAUCACCUGGAACGUCCUCAUCAUGGCCUACGGGAUGCACGGGCUCGGCGGCGACGCGGUGGCGCUCUUCGACCAGAUGGCGGCGGGCGGCGAGGCGGCGCCCAACGAGGUCACCUUCAUCGCCGCCCUGGCGGCGUGCAGCCACUCCGGGCUGGUCGACCGCGGGCUGGAGCUGUUCCGCGGCAUGGAGAGGGACCACGGCGUGAAGCCGACGCCGGACCUCCACGCCUGCGUCGUCGACGUGCUCGGCCGGGCGGGGAGGCUCGACGAGGCGUACAACAUCAUCACCUCCAUGCAGCCCGGCGAGCACCAGGUGUCGGCGUGGAGCAGCCUGCUGGGCGCGUGCCGGCUGCACCGGAACGUGUCGCUCGGCGAGGUCGCCGCCGAGCGGCUCUUCGAGCUGGAGCCCGACGAGGCCAGCCACUACGUGCUGCUCUGCAACAUCUACUCGGCCGCCGGGAUGUGGGAGAAGUCGGUGGCGGUGCGGGCGAGGAUGCGGCGGCAGGGCGUGGCCAAGGAGCCCGGGUGCAGCUGGAUCGAGCUCGACGGCGCGAUCCACCGGUUCAUGGCCGGCGAGUCAUCCCACCCGGCGAGCGCCGAGGUGCACGCGCACAUGGACGCGCUCUGGGAGCGGAUGCGGCGCGAGGGGUACGCGCCGGACACAUCGUGCGUGCUCCACGACGUCGGCGAGGCCGAGAAGGCGGCGAUGCUCCGGUACCACAGCGAGAAGCUCGCCAUCGCCUUCGGGCUGCUGCGGGCGCCGGCCGGCGCCGCCAUCAGGGUGGCCAAGAACCUGAGGGUGUGCAACGACUGCCAUGAGGCGGCCAAGUUCAUUUCAAAGAUGGUUGGGCGGGAGAUUGUGCUCAGGGAUGUCAGGAGGUUCCACCAUUUCCGGGAUGGCUCCUGCUCCUGUGGGGACUAUUGGUAGAACACACGACCACUAAAAAUUGUGUCUAGACCAUCAAAACAGCAUCAACUUGACAAAAUCACAGGAAAUAUUCUUUACUUAGGAUAUCAUAUCAGGCUGUAUCUGGAUUUUUUAUGAAGUGAAAUAGUUAAUAAUUA